UCAGCUGACAAGAUGAUGUUUUGUUGAUUUAUACGAUUAUUAAUUACUCUAUACCACAUUUUCAUAGAAAAUGUUGAUCAUUUUUAGAAAUUAAGCGUAAAACUGUUAUAAAAGUCGUAUUUAAAAUGUCUCAAGAAGAUAAUGUGUUAUUCGUGAGAAGUGGUGAAACGUCUGUGGACGACGUGUGGGACGAUUCAGCACUCAUCAAGGCCUAUGACAGAGCUAUCAACUUGGCGAAAGAAGAAGUCUCCAAACGCCUGGGCGUUGAGAGCCAAACAGACACGCGUAAACAAAAGAAAGCCCACUCAAAAAAGCAAAAUCAACAACAAAAACAAAUGCAAAAAAAAUGGGUAGUUGGUUCUCCUUGCCGUGCAAUAUAUUCAGAGGAUGGAGAAUACUACGAGGCAGUUAUAACAAAAAUUUUUGAAAAUACUGGCACUUGUACAGUAAAAUUUAUAGGGUAUAAUAAUAAGGAAACAGUUGAACUUUGUGCUUUGAUUGAAUCGGAUGGUCUACAAAGUCAAAUCGCCCAACAAAAAGAGGCAACGACGUCUCAAGAAGAAAAUUCAAAUUCAAUGGAGUAUGAACAAACUCAAAAAGUGAAUGGUUUUCAUGUCAAUGACAGUGAUAUAGUAAAUGAAUCUAAACUAUUUAAUAACAUGUACAUGACAGCACCUUCAUUCAAUCCACCAAUGAGUUCUAUACCACCAGCACCACCACUGCCUCCACAACUAAUGGCUCGUUUGCCUGAGACUGAUGCAGAUGCCCUCUCAAGUAUGUUAAUGUCUUGGUACAUCAGUGGUUUUCAUACAGGUUAUUACCAUGGUUUGAAACAAGCUAAAAGUAAUCAAGAACAGAAAAAAAAGUAGUUAUAGAAAUUUAUGAAUAAUAAGUUAUUUUUGAAACAAA